AUGGCCCCCACCGACACCAUCAACACUGUCGUCUCUGACACGACAGCGUCUUCCGCCUCGACUGUUUGCGACCUCCAGAUCAAGGACGAGAAGGAGGACACUGUUCCAGAGCUCGAGCGCCCCGAGGUGCCCCACUUGACGUCGGUCAAGCGGUACACCUCCCGCACACCCUCUCUGAACCUCGCUCGCCUCCCGUCUGCUGCCGAGCCAUUCGGAAUACCCCCUCCGGACCUCGAGAAGGCCACCACCACCGCUUCGGACAAGGCCCAGAUCACCCAGGCUCGCAAGUGGGGCCUGCUCGCCAUCUUCUCGCUGGCCAUGUUCAUCGAUAUCUGGAUGUACUCGGCCUUCUUCAUCUUCACCGAUGUCAUCUCGGUCGACCUCGGCAUCCCGUUCAGCCAGCAGGCAUGGGUCAUCACCUCUUACAGCGUAACCUUUGCGGCGUUCCUCCUCUUCUGGGGACGUGUGAGCGACCUGUACUCGGCCAAACCAGUGUUCGCUUGGGGGUUCACUGUUCUCGGUGCACUUUCGCUCGUCAUUUCCUUCCUCCCCGACAUGUACUCGUUCUUCGUGCUCCGUGCGAUUGCCGGUAUCGCUGGAUCGGCCCUCAUCCCCUCGUCGUACCGCCUCAUCACUGAAGUGUUUGAGGAACACGAGCUCGGACGCGCAUUCACCCUCUUCGGUAUCUCGGGUGCCCUCGCAAACGUCACGGGUGUCAUUAUUGCUGGUGUUAUCGAUCUCAUCCCACUCCACGGACAGGGUGCGAGCUGGCGCUGGUUCUUCCGCCUCGUCGCAAUCAUCAUCAUUCCCUUCGCGACCAUUGCCAUGUUCUCCAUCCCCACCCGCCGUGGGACGGACGCCGUAUCCGACGUCCCCAAGUGGAAGCGCCUCGACCUCGUCGGCUCGACCCUCAUGCUCGGCGCGACAAUCCUCCUCGUCCUCGGCCUGACUCUCGGUGCCGCGCAGGGCUUUACAACCCCCGCUUUCCUCGUGCCCUUCAUCCUCGCCCUCGUCGUCCUCUUCCCAGCCUUCUUCAUCUGGGAAGCCUACAUCCCCGAGAAGAUGGCUCUUCUCCCACCCUCGUUCUGGCGUAUCCCAAACACCAUCCUCCUCAUCGCCUUUGCCCUCCAGAUCUACGGCUGGUGGGGUGUCAACUUCCUCGCUCACGUUGAGACGUACAUGAAGAUCCACCACGAGUCAGGCAUCCUCUCGGCCGUCCGUGUCCUUCCCCAGGGCGUUGCAGCAUUCAUCACCCUCCUCUUCCUGACGUUUGUGCCCAAGUUCGUCUCGCGCCCCCGCUGGACGGUCAUUCUCGGCAUGAUUCUCGCCAUUGUUGGCUACAUCCUCUUCGUCCAGGCCAAGGACUACACCGGCUCCGACUACUGGAAGUACGUCUUCUCCGGCUCGAUCAUCGGUUCGGCAGGCAUGGCCGCUUGCUUUACCGCAACCAACGUCGCCCUCAUGACCUCGGUCGACCCCUCCGUGGCCGGUGUCGCCGGUGCCCUCCUCCAGGUCUCCUUCCAGAUCGGCUCUUCCGUCUCCUUUGGCGCGCAGGCCGGCCUCCUCACCGUCCACGAAGGCGGUCUCGCCAACUACAAGAACGUUCACGCUUCGUUCUACUUUGAGCUCGCAGCGAUGGCCGUCGCGCUCAUCGCCUUCACCAUCUUCUACCGCCAGCCCAAGGCUACCGGUAACGCAGUCGUUGCGGCGCACUAG